AUGGGGCUGUCGGAGAUGGUGUACACGAUGAUACCCAGACUAGUGGGUGACUACGCUGCUAUGAUGGUUGUGUUCUCGAGCACAUGCAAGCAGGCGUUCAUGAAGGCUUGGACGACUGCCUGCAUAUUUAGCACUGGGUGGCCAACAAUUCUCAUCCCUUCCGGAAAGACGUUCCAGUUGAGCCCAUUGACAUUCGAAGGCCCCUGUCUUUACGCCAGCGUCCAUGUUCGGGUCGAAGGAAAUAUUGUGGCACCUGACAAACUGUGGACCUCCCAAAAUACCACCAGUUGGAUCACAUUCAGAGACGUCACUGCUUUCACUGUCGAUGGUAAUGGCGAGAUCGACGGCCGAGGUUCCGUCUGGUGGGACUGCAAGACGAAAAAUAAAUGUGACAGCGUGCCUUCCGCAUUUGGCAUCUUACGCUGUGUGGAUUUGACCAUCGCGGGCAUAAAACUUCUCAACAGUCCAGGGAAGCACCUCACCGUGGACAGCAGCAAGUGGGUUCACUUGAAGGGGCUUAGCUUCGCAUCUCCGGCAGACAGCCCCGACACUGAUGGCAUAUACAUUGUAGAGUCUCAUUAUGUCGAAGUAAAGGAUGCCGCCAUUGGAGCAGGAGGUGAUUGCAUUGCGAUCGGAACAGGAUCUUCGGGCGUGAACAUAACCGGGAUCGCGUGCGGCCUUGGGCGUGGCAUAAGCAUUGGAAGCUCGGCAGGGAACGGCUCAAGUGUGAUAGUUGAGGAUGUGCAUGUCUCAAACGGCAGUUUCUAUCAAUCGGAUGGUGGUCUGAGGGUUCAGACAUUGCAGGGAGGGUCCGGUCAUGCUAAAGGGAUCUUAUUCGAGCACAUCAAUUUUACUUCAGUCGGGAGCCCCAUAGUUAUAGACCAGUUUUAUUGUCCCGGCGCGCACUGCAAAAAUUCGACAUCGACUGUGGAAGUGAGCGAUGUUCGAUUUGUUGAUGUACAUGGGACUUCAACAACAGAUAUGGCCAUCAAGUUUGCAUGCAAUGAGAAAGUACCUUGCACUGGCAUUAUUUUGGAUAAUGUUGGCAUCACAUCAGUGGCCAGGCAAAAUCAAGCUACUUCCUACUGCCUCAAUGCCAAAGGGAAAAAGCUUCAUGAAGUCAUUCCAGAUAUUGCUUGCCUAGCGUAG